AUGGUUUUCCUAAUUUACACCAUCUUAACCUUCAUUUCCAUUUCAUUACUUUUCCUUCUUCUGAUCUUCUGUUUUCUCAUAAUCAGUAUCUUCAUAGGCAAGUCCAUGAAUGACCCUUCUUACCCUCCUGUGAAAGGCACUGUUUUCAACCAACUUUUCUACUUCAACAAGCUCUAUGACUACCUAGCCAGCUUCGCCGCCAAGUCUCCGACCUACCGAUUGCUCGGCCCCGAGCAGAGCGAAGUUUACACGACCGAUCCGCGAAAUGUAGAACACAUUCUAAAAACCAACUUCGACAAGUACUCGAGAGGCCAGCAUGAACAAGACAUAAUGACUGAUCUCUUUGGCGAGGGGAUAUUUGCCGUCAAUGGAGAAAAGUGGAAGCAGCAAAGGAAGCUUGCCAGCGUCGAGUUUUCCGCGAGAGUUCUUAGAGAUUUCAGUUGCUCUGUGUUCAGAAGAAAUGCUUCUAAAUUGGUGAGAGCUGUUUCCGGGUUGAUGGCUUCUGCUGGGGUUUUGCAUAUGCAAGAUUUGUUUAUGAGAAGUACAUUGGAUUCCAUAUUCGAAGUUGGGUUCGGGGUAGAAUUGAAUUGCUUGGACGGAUCAAGUAAAGAAGGGAAUGAAUUUCUGAGGGCCUUUGAUGAGUCAAAUGCUCUGAUAUAUUGGCGCUAUGUGGAUCCAUUCUGGAAAUUGAAAAGAUUUUUUGACAUUGGUUCUGAAGCCCCCUUGAAGAAGAAUGUUAAAGUCAUUGAUCAGUUUGUGAACAACCUUAUCAGGAAAAAGAGGAAACUGUUAGCAGAGCGACAUGAUUCUGUGAGUUCAAGAGAGGACAUACUUUCAAGGUUUCUAAUGGAGGGUCAGAAGAAUCCAGGGCAAAUGAAUGAUAAAUAUCUGAGAGAUAUAAUUCUGAGUUUUAUUGUAGCUGGAAAAGACACUAGUGCAAAUACACUCUCUUGGUUUUUCUAUAUGCUGAGCAAGAACCCCUUAGUACAGGAAAAGAUUGUACAAGAAAUAAGAGAUGUCAUUGGUGAUAAAGCCAAUGACAACGAAUCCAAUAUCGACGAUUUUGUAGCAGCUAUAAGUGAUGAAGUUCUUGAGCGAACGCACUAUCUUCACGCAGCAUUGUCAGAGACCUUGAGGCUAUACCCCGCAGUCCCCGUGGAUGGCAGAUGUGCAGAUAUAGAUGAUACUCUUCCUGAUGGCUUUAAAGUCAAAAAAGGAGAUAUAAUCUUUUAUAUGGCCUAUGCAAUGGCCAGAAUGCCUUAUAUUUGGGGAGAAGAUGCCCAAGAUUUCCGACCUGAGAGAUGGAUCAAGGAUGGAAUUUUUCAACCCGAAUCGCCGUUCAAGUUCGUAACAUUUCAUGCGGGCCCUCGGAUCUGCCUUGGGAAGGAAUUUGCUUACCGGCAGAUGAAGAUUCUAUCAAUCGCCCUUCUUCGCUUCUUCCGCUUCGGAUUAGCUGAUAACACAGAACCUGUAAACUAUAAAACCAUGUUCACCCUUCACAUUGAUGGUGGCCUCCCUCUCUGUGCAGUUUCAAGGACAGCCUCAUAAAAAGGCCAAUAUGUGAAUCAGAAUUGUAAUAA